AGACGACGGCGAGGCGAGGCGAGGCGGAGGGAUGCAAGUGGCGCGGGCUUAGGCGCAGCAGCCUGUGAGGGGAGCCUCCAGACGGUGCCCGAGCGGGCAGGCAGCCAGGCAGGCGCUCGCUCGCUCGCUCUCUCUGUCGGUCAGUGUAAGAUUCUGGCUCAGCCAUGGGGAAGCAGAAUAGCAAGCUGCGUCCAGAGAUGCUCCAAGAUCUCCGGGAGAACACAGAAUUCUCUGACCUGGAGCUUCAAGAGUGGUACAAGGGCUUCCUCAAGGACUGUCCCACCGGCAUACUCAACGUAGAGGAGUUCAAGAAGAUCUAUGCCAAUUUCUUCCCUUACGGUGAUGCCUCCAAGUUCGCCGAACAUGUCUUCCGCACCUUUGACACCAACGGCGAUGGCACCAUUGACUUCCGAGAGUUCAUCAUUGCCCUGAGCGUCACUUCGCGGGGGAAGCUGGAGCAGAAGUUGAUGUGGGCCUUCAGCAUGUACGAUCUGGAUGGAAACGGCUAUAUCAGCAGGGAAGAGAUGCUGGAAAUUGUGCAGGCCAUCUACAAAAUGGUCUCUUCAGUGAUGAAAAUGCCAGAGGAUGAGUCAACUCCCGAGAAGCGGACAGAAAAGAUCUUCCGGCAGAUGGAUACCAAUAAUGACGGCAAACUUUCUCUGGAAGAGUUCAUCAAAGGUGCUAAGAGUGACCCGUCCAUCGUGAGGCUGCUGCAGUGUGAUCCCAGCAGCGCCUCCCAGUUCUGAGCGCCUCCCUCUCAACACAGAAAAUGGCGGUGAGGUGGCCUCCUAAAGGGGCAGCUCCGCCUCAUGGGACUCACGUCCUUCCCUGCUCCAAGGAGGCGGUCAACUUCCCAGCAUCCUCCAGGGGCAACGGACACGCUCCCUACCAAACAGCACUGCCAGUAUCUUUAUUUCUUCUGACUCACAGUUUUCUGCUCUUCCCUUCUCCCCUCCCUCCCAGCACUGUAGUUGUUUGUGACUGCCACACCGUGUGGGGUUAACAGCGGCAUUGGUGGCAAAAGCGGAGCAGAUGGACCGGUCUGUUUUUUUUUCUUGAGUUGGCAAUGUGUUUGCUUUUGCAAAAACGUUCCUUCGUCCCGCAGCCGCUUCUGGUGUGAUGCACGCCGCUUGUUCGUAGCACAUGGUAAUUGUGGCUGCCUGUGAUCCGUGUGUCUUUGACCACCAGGGCAAAAUUUAAUAUCCAGUGUUCAGUGUGUGAAUGCAACCUCAGAGGGGGGAGAGGCAAUGAGUAGGGCGUCCAGUGCUCUGCUGCUGUGCCCAGCUCCAGUUUCCCCCCCCAUGACUAGAGGACUUAACAGUGCAAUCCUAUGCAGAGUUACUCCAAUCUCAGCCUCUUGGUUUAAGUGGGCUUCCAGUGGAGUUAUUUGGCAUAGCGAAUUAUGUAAAACAAGCACAAAUAUACACAAUGCUAUA